GGUCCCGCUGCCGCUGCCUUCGAGUGACGCGCUCGGCAGCAGCCCGCCGCGCGCCCCGACGGCGCCCGCCCGCCCGCCGAUGCUGGAGUGAGCGCGACGGCGACGGGAUGCUGGCGCUGCUGGCCGCCGGCGUGGCGCUCGCCGUGGCCGCCGGGGCCCAGGACGGCCCCUCGCCCGGCAGCCGCUUCGUGUGCACGGCGCUGCCCCCGGAGGCGGCGCGCGCCGGCUGCCCGCUGCCCGCGAUGCCCAUGCAGGGCGGCGCGCUGAGCCCCGAGGAGGAGCUGCGGGCCGCGGUGCUGCAGCUGCGCGAGACCGUCGUGCAGCAGAAGGAGACGCUGGGCGCGCAGCGCGAGGCCAUCCGCGAGCUCACGGGCAAGCUGGCGCGCUGCGAGGGGCUGGCGGGCGGCAAGGCGCCGGGCCGGGCCGCGGGCAAGGACACGAUGGGCGACCUGCCGCGGGACCCCAGCCACGUCGUGGAGCAGCUCAGCCGCUCGCUGCAGACCCUCAAGGACCGCCUGGAGAGCCUCGAGCACCAGCUCCGAGUGAACGUAUCGAACGCCGCGCUGCCCAGCGACUUCCGAGAGAUGCUCCAGCGGCGGCUCGCCGAGCUGGAGAGGCAGCUGCUGCACAAGGUGGCCGAGCUGGAGGACGAGAAGUCCCUGCUCCACAAUGAGACCUCGGCUCACCGCCAGAAGACCGAGAGCGCCCUGAACGCCCUCCUGCAGAGGGUGACGGAGCUGGAGCGCGGCAACAGUGCGUUCAAGACCCCUGAUGCAUUCAAAGUGUCUCUCCCUCUCCGCACUAACUACCUGUACGGCAAGAUCAAGAAGACGCUGCCCGAACUGUUCGCAUUCACCGUCUGCCUGUGGCUGCGCUCCAGCGCCUCGCCGGGCAUCGGCACCCCGUUCUCUUACGCGGUGCCUGGACAGGCCAACGAGAUUGUGCUGAUCGAGUGGGGCAACAACCCCAUCGAGCUGCUCAUCAACGACAAGGUCGCACAGCUGCCCCUGUUUGUCAGUGAUGGCAAGUGGCACCACAUCUGUGUCACCUGGACGACGCGGGAUGGCAUGUGGGAGGCUUUCCAGGAUGGGGAGAAGCUCGGCACCGGGGAGAACCUGGCCCCUUGGCACCCCAUCAAGCCGGGGGGUGUGCUCAUCCUCGGGCAGGAGCAGGACACCGUUGGGGGCAGGUUUGAUGCCACACAGGCGUUUGUGGGGGAGCUCAGCCAGUUCAACAUAUGGGACCGCGUCCUUCGUGCGCAAGAAAUCGUCAACAUCGCCAACUGCUCCACAAACAUGCCGGGCAACAUCAUCCCCUGGGUGGACAACAACGUUGACGUGUUUGGGGGGGCUUCCAAGUGGCCCGUGGAGACCUGUGAGGAGCGUCUCCUUGACUUGUAGCCGCCUUCUCUGUCCUGGAGGCCGGGGUCAAGCUGUUCCUGUUGGAAGCGCAGGGCCCCUUACUCCCAGUUAAACUGUGGAAACCUCCUGCUAGAACGGGCUGCGGCCCCAAAGCCCGUUCCCUGGGCAUCUCUGAGACUGAGGCUCCCUCCGUGGCAGCAUUUGUCACCGGCUUAUUUGUUCCUUACCAAGAUUUUGUUGUGUUUUUGGGGGGAAGAAGCCCUGAGCCACAGGUGGACCAAGAUCUGAAUUCCUGCCGUGGGGGCCUUAUAGUCCUUGAGGCCCUGUUCGGAACCCCUGUAAAUGCUAGUGCACCCCAGCCCUGCCUGCCCUCUCGGCUCCUUGGUGUUUCAUGUGCGCCUUCUGUCCGUCCCCUUUAAAGGCUGUGCAGCCAUCCCUCUGGAGUGGCCGUGUCCCUUGUGUGUUGAGUACAUCCUGCUGUCCACUGAGCACACAGCAGAGCUGCCCCCACCCCUCCCUGCAGAAGGACCCUUCUCUUGGUGUUCUCUAUGCUGUGAAUCUUUCCGUCUGAAGAACUCUUGAGCUUGAGGAGGGGGGCAGGCUGCCCAGACCAUGCCCCGCCUUCUCCAAGGUGGAGGGGGCGUCUGUGGCCCCGGAGAGGGGACUGAGGGGGGCAUUCAGAAUGGAGAAGGGCCAUGGCAGCUGUCCUUCCCCCUCUGUCCUCUCUCCCUGAGACCGAUGCUUUGGCAGAAUCAUCACUGGGGGCAGCUUCGAAAGGCCCCUUCUCUCCACUGGUGCCAAAAGUUCAUUUGCAGGUUUCACAGCCAUUCGGUCUAGUUUGGGAGAUUUCUUUUUCCCAACAGAAAAGAGCAGCCAUUAGCAUCCUCCCGUGUUUGAUGUCUCACCCCACUGUGAGGAACGUGCUAGUUUUAAUUCCUGUUGAUUCCUGUAAGCAUUUGACUGUCUCAAGUAUUUCCCCCAGAACUCUUUCAGGAAAUGGAUGUCAUUUGGCUGAUAUCUGCUCGGUGACUCCAGGCUGCUUAAUCUGUUGGACAGAGGUAGUCAUUUAUUUUAAAGAUAAAGUGAUGAAGUGGGGAAAUUUAUAAAACUAAAUAUUAUAUAUUUUAUUUUUCAUACAUGUUCGAAGUGCAAAUCUGUGGAAAUUGCAUUUGUAGACGAAGUUGACAUGCCCAUCCUCACAUUGUGUGCUACAGGAACUCUUCUGAUGAUGGAAUUUUGAUUAA